AUGCCUUCUCCACAGCUUGUAGUUAAUGAAACUGACAUAGUUAGAUUAGUGUCAGAAUUUCUACAGAAUCGUCAGUUGAAUAUCUCUAUGAUGUCAUUAGAGAGAGAAACAGGUAUUAUCAAUGGAAUGUAUUCAGAUGAUAUGUUAUUUUUACGUCAGUUGAUAUUAGAUGGACAAUGGGAUGAUGUUAUAGACUUUAUUCAACCUUUAGUCACCGUGGAACAUUUUGACAUGAAGAAAUUUCAGUAUAUCAUCAUGAAACAUAAAUAUUUAGAAUUACUGUGCAUCAAAUCAGACCCCAACGUGAUGCAGAAUUAUGAGUUUACUGUGGAUGAGGUGGUAAAGUGUUUAAACUCCUUGGAAGAACUCUGUCCAUCCAAAGAGGAAUACAGUAAUCUUUGCUUCUUGUUGUCGCUUCCAAAACUCUCAGACCAUAUUGAGUACCAGAAUUGGAAUCCCAGUAACGCCAGAGUGGAAUGCUUCAAAGACAUCUGCCCCUUGGUGGAGAAGUUUUUACCUAUUGAUGGUGGAGCAUCUGAUAAGAGUAAAGUUGCUAAGAAUGAUCGUUUGAUUCAGCUAGUGCUAAAGGGUUUGCUGUAUGAAUCCUGCGUAGAGUAUUGUCAACAGCAAGCUACCAAUGAUGACUGUGAUUUAAAGUAUAUGAAUGUUUUGAACGAUAAUGGUUUCAGUGAUGCAGAUCUGAGUUUGAUUUCCUGGUUGCUAUGUAUCCCUUACGACACAUUUUCUUGCCCAUUUGAGCAGAAGCAGGUCAACAUUGAUGUUCAACCGCUGAUCAAACCAUCGUUGGAAGCUUCAUGGUCUGAACAGAUCCUAGUCACACCAAUUAAACCAAAGAUGUUCCCACAUUCAGCUGUACCAACCACCAGACCAAGAUCAGCUGAAAUGAUGACCAGAUCUUUGAAUCCACAGUUUGAUGGAUUGAGCAGUGGGCUGAUUGUGGGUCGAAGAGAUCCCAUGAACACAUCUGGAGAUUACAGUCUUUUAUCAAGGUCUGUAGCACCUGGAAGCUCUGCUGCAGCUAAAAACCCAAUGCUGCAGUCCAUUGACAAACUCUUUUCUCAUGGAGAAGUCAUCAACACUCACUCUUCGAUAAUGGAGACACCACAGAAGACUAUCCCAGAACAUCCUGUACCAGCUAAUUACCCUUCAUCAGAAUCUCCCAGACGCUUACAAGAAUCUUCUUCAAAUCCUGCUUCAACAGUAAAACCAAUUAAAUCAAUCUCUCCUAGAAAUAGUGGAUCCACAGACAGCGCUGAUAGAGGACAGGGAAAUACUGCCUCACCUAGAUCUAGUACUGAUAAUGAACUAUAUAAAGAGUAUCACAGACAAAGACAGAAAUUACAGGUAAAGAAAACAUUCUUAUUUGAUUAUUAG